CUACACCUCCAGGCAUGCCCCUGGAGGAAGUGCGGUUCGGGCUCUUCCUGCAGGUGUUUGUGUGACCGGAAGUUUGGAUUCUGGGGUCCCUACUCCUCUCUGUCCUUCAGUCUGUGACGCCGCUGUCCAAGAUGGACAAAGUCGGUGCCAUUUUUGGAGGCUCCCGGGGUAUUGGCAAGGCAGUAGCUAAGUUAAUGGCCCAGAAAGGCUACCGACUGGCGAUCGUGGCCAGAGAUCUGGAAGUGGCCAAAGCCGCCGCGGGCGAGCUGGGCGGAAGUCACUUGGCAUUUAGCUGUGACAUUGCAAAAGAGCAGGAAGUUCACCAUACCUUUGCAGAGAUUGAGAAACAUUUAGGUCAAGUAAAUUUCUUGGUAAAUGCAGCUGGUAUUAACAGGGAUAGCCUUUUAGUAAGAACAAAAAUGGAAGACAUGCUGUCUCAGCUUCAGACUAACCUGGUGGGUUCCAUGCUGACAUGUAAAGUGGCUGUGAGGACUAUGCUUCAACGGCAGGGUGGGUCCAUAGUUAACAUAGGGAGUAUUAUUGGAUUAAAAGGCAAUUCUGGCCAGUGUGUGUACAGUGCUAGCAAAGGAGGGUUGGUUGGAUUUUCACGUGCCCUUGCUAAGGAGGUUGCAAGAAAGAAAAUCAGAGUGAAUGUCGUUGCACCAGGAUUUGUUCAUACAGAUAUGACGAAAAACUUGAAUGAAGAACAGCUGAAGAAAAACAUUCCUCUUGGGAGGUUUGGAGACCCCACUGAAGUGGCACAUGCGGUCGUGUUUCUGUUAGAAUCACCAUAUGUUACAGGCCAUGUUCUAGUUGUGGAUGGGGGAUUGCAACUCGUGAUAUAACUGGAGAUUACUUAAUAACAAUGGUGGUUAGCAUCAGGACACAUUUUGUUGGUUACUAUUUAGAUGAUCAUACCUGCAAGGAUGACAUUUUUCAGGGAAAAGUACAUUGAUUCCUGCCUUCAUGUCUCAAAACAGCAUUUAAGCAAUUCUUUUUUAUUUAAUGGUGUGGGUCUGUUUUUAUAGGCCAUAGAAAUUUUAGCAUAUAUACAUUUUUCAAGGAAUAUAAACCAGCAUUAAUUUAUAUACUUUGUCUUGAAAUUAAAAGAAAAUUAUGUUGUCUAAUUGUGAUAAUUUCCUUGUAUCAGGCUGAAUUUUCAAGAAGAUAACCUUUUGGGUCACCAAAUAAGAGUAUUUAUAGAACAUUUAUUAAUUGCCAAUACUUUAGUAGCCCAGCUCUAGUUAAACUUUUCUCUGUUUUUGUUUGUUGAGGAAGGAUCUCAUGAUGAAGCCCAGGUUGAACUCAGCCUCAAACUCUGUUCUCUUGUCCUCAGCCUUCCUGGUUCAGGGAUUACAUGUGUGUGCCACCACACUCUGCUUACUGGAUUGUUAAAGCAUGUGUGUAGGCAAUCAGCUUUUAUAUAAGUUGGAAAAAAUAGUAUCAGAUAAAGACAUGCAUUUAGAGAUGAUUUCUUUCUUCAACCUUCCUCUUCCUCUUCGCUCCCUCUUCCCUUGCCCUUCUCUUCCUUUAUUCUGUGGCAAGGUCUCAUCCUGUAGCCCUUGCUGGCCUUGAAUUCAGAACAUUCCUUCUUCAGUUGAGUGCUGGGAAUAUAGACAUAAGUCUCCAUGCCUGGCUUAUACUUGACUCCUUAAUUGAUAGCAAAGUAAUCUGCAAGUUUAAGUGCAAUGCAGUUGACUGCCUAUGGCUAGACAUUCACAAAUUAUGAAGAUUGGUCCUUAUUGUAGGGUUAAAUAUCUGCUAUAGUUAUACAUUGCAUCAAUCAUGAAUUUAGGGAAUUUUUUUCCCCUACAAAAACCUUAGUCCUAGCCCUCUACUUAAAAACCAGUUAAGGGCUGGAGAGAUGGCUUAGCAGUUAAGCGCUUGCCUGUGAAGCCUAAGGAUCCCGGUUCAAGGCUUGGUUCCCCAGGUCCCACGUUAGCCAGAUGCACAAGGGGGUGCACGUGUCU